AAUUUUUAAAAUACACUAUUAUUUUAUUAUUGUAUUUUAAAAAAAUGGAUAUUUUAAAAGCAGAAAUAAUGAAGAAAAGAAAACAAUUGGAGGAAAGCAAUGUUUUGCAAAAUAAUGCAAAAUAUUUUAGAAGAGGUGAACUAAUAGCAAAAGGUCAAGAAGUGAAAGAAAUACAAAAAAGUAACGAUGAAGAUGUUAAAAUUAAUACAACUCAAUGGCAAAAAGAUUCUGUAGCUGAUGAUAGCUCUGAACAUUUGACAUUACCUAGACAUGAAGUAGUUAGAAGAUUACGUGAAAGAAGUGAACCUAUAUUAUUAUUUGGAGAAUCAGAAAUAGAAGCAUUUAAACGAUUAAGAAGAUGUGAAAUACUUGAACCUGAUGUAAAUAAGGGUUUUAGAAAUGAUUUUCAAGAAGCUAUGGAACAAGUAGAUCAAGCAUAUCUAAAUGAGAUAUUAGCUUCUUCUAAACCUCAAGAUCGUGAUGGGAAAGGAGAUGUAAAUGUUCCGGAUGAAGGAGUAACAUAUGAAGAUUUGCAAAAGAUGUCUGUAAAAUUAAACAAGGGUGAUAGAGAUUUUGAUUUAAAUGUUAUUACUCAGUUUAUACAAUUCUUAGUACAAAUGUGGGGUAAUCAGUUAAAUAGUAGGAGCACUGCUGAAAAAAUGAGUACUCGAGGAAAAAUGGCUAGUGCUACCUAUGCCCAAACAAGAGAAUAUCUAAAACCUUUACUCAGAAAAUUAAAAAAUAAGUCUCUUCCAGAAGAUAUUACAGAUAGCUUAACUGAUAUUGUAAAACACUUAUUAGAACGUAAUUACAUACUGGCAAGCGAUGCAUACUUGCAAAUGGCAAUAGGAAAUUCUCCAUGGCCUAUUGGAGUGACUAUGGUCGGUAUUCAUGCACGUACCGGAAGAGAAAAAAUUUUCUCUAAAAAUGUGGCACAUGUAAUGAAUGAUGAAACUCAAAGAAAAUACAUUCAAGCAUUAAAAAGAUUAAUGACUAAAUGUCAAGAAUAUUAUCCUACAGAUCCAUCUCGUUGUGUAGAGUAUUCAAAAACAUAAUAUUAAUAUAUGAA